ACACAUGGCCCUUGCAGCCGACAGAAGCUUGGAGAAGUUGAGUAAAAGUCCAACGCGGAGCAUUAUCUGUUUUUAUCCGCAAAUACAAACUGUACACGAUUUCCAAUGAUCCGUUAGUGCUGUUUGUUGAGAAGGAAGCGUUACACUUCAUUAUUAGAUACACGUACAAAAUGAAUCGUAAGAGAAUGCUUGCCGUUUCACUGGCUUUUCUUGCGCUCAGUAUAUUCAUUGACAGUACUCAUGGAGUUGCUGUUAUGAGCAUCGACUUCGGCAGCGAAUGGAUGAAAGUUGCCAUCGUAUCGCCUGGAGUGCCGAUGGAAAUAGCUCUAAACAAAGAAUCUAAAAGGAAAACUCCGGUAACAAUCGCGUUUAGAAAUGGAGAGCGUACCUUUGGAGAAGAUGCCCAGGUUGUCGCUGUACGAUUUCCGAAAAACAGCUAUUCCUACAUCUUGGAUCUUUUGGGAAAAUCGAUCGAUCAUCCAUUGGUUAAAUUAUAUCAAACAAGAUUUCCUUAUUAUGAGAUUCUUGCCGAUGAAGAACGUGGAACGAUUAUUUUUAAGCACGAUGAAGAGACGUUUUAUACACCUGAAGAAUUACUCGCUCAAUUCUUGUACAAAGGAAAAGAAUUUGCCGAAACAUCUGCUGGUCAAAAAAUAAAUGAGGCCGUAAUUACAGUGCCUGGAUUUUUCAAUCAGGCUGAAAGAAAAGCACUGCUUCAAGCAGCUGAUCUUGCUGGUUUAAAGGUUCUACAGCUCAUAAAUGAUUAUACAGCUGUAGCUUUGAAUUAUGGAAUCUUUCGAAGAAAAGAAAUCAACGAGACUUCUCAGUACAUUAUGUUUUUUGAUAUGGGGGCCAGUAGUACGACGGCCACUGUUGUUGGAUAUCAAAAUGUGAAGACAAAAGAAAAAGGUUACGUUGAAACCAAUCCUCAGGUUAGCAUUCUAGGUGUUGGAUAUGAUCGAACACUUGGAGGCCUUGAGAUGCAAAUUCGGCUUCAGAAUUAUUUGGCUAAGGAGUUUGAUGCCAUGAAAAAGACGCCAAAUUCUGUUUUUGAUAGUCCACGUGCUAUGGCUAAGCUUUUCAAAGAAGCCGGACGUGUGAAAAACGUUUUGAGUGCAAAUGCUGAUCAUUAUGCACAAAUUGAAGGAUUGCUCGAUGAAAAAGAUUUCCGUGUUCAAGUCACUCGAGAAAAAUUAGAAGAACUGUGCGCAGAUUUGUUUGAACGUGUUGCAAGGCCAAUCGAAACCGCAUUAGAGACUUCAGCGUUAACUAUGGAUAUUAUCUCACAAAUUGUUUUGGUGGGAGCUGGUACUCGUGUGCCUAAGGUACAAGAAAAAUUAACGGAAUUCGUAAAGCUUGAAUUAUCUAAAAACAUCAAUACUGAUGAAGCUGCAGCUAUGGGUGCCGUUUACAAAGCUGCUGAUCUCAGCCAAGGUUUUAAAGUCAAGAAAUUCAUCACUAAAGAUGCAGUUCUCUUUCCUAUUCAAAUUGUUUUCGACAGAAAUGUGGAUGGGACAACUAAAAGGGUUCGAAGAAUGCUGUUCAACAGAAUGAAUGCUUAUCCGCAGAAGAAAAUAAUUACUUUUAAUAAACAUACCGACGACUUUGAAUUCAGUGUCAACUAUGCUGAGUUGGAUUACUUGCCAGCCGACGAAAUGGCGGCUGUUGGCAAUACAAAUUUGUCAACAAUUUCUCUAACUGGCAUAGCUGAUGCUUUGAGUAAGCAUGCCAACGAAGGAACUGAAAGCAAAGGAAUCAAGGCGCACUUUGCAAUGGAUGACAGUGGAGUUUUAAAUUUGGCUAAUGUUGAAUUAGUGUUUGAAAAAACAGUUGUUGCAGCUGAAGAAGAAGAGGGUACUUUUUCAAAGCUUGGCUCCACUAUAAGUAAACUGUUUGCAGGAUCAGAUGACAAAGAACCAGCGGAAAAGGUUGAAGAACCACCAAAAGAUGAUACAAAACCAGUUCACGAAGAGCCAGAUCAACCUGGCGUACAAAAAGAUGCAGAUGCAAAAGCACAGAAACAAAAUGAGACUCAAACGGCUGAAAAUAAACCGAGUAAUAAAACUGAGAAGGUAGAAAAGGAAAAAAAACCUAGCCUAGUUACUCUCAAAGAGCCAAUUCCAUCCACUGAAGUCAGAUUAGGACCAAAGACUCUAGAGGGAACAAAGCUCACAGAAUCAUCGAAAAAAAUUGAGGCUCUGAAUCACCAUGAUUUAGAAAGAUCUCGACGCGAAGGAGCUCUGAACAGUCUCGAGGCAUUUGUUAUUGAUGCACAACAGAAACUACAAUUGCCAGAAUAUUCCGAAGCUACAACACCUGAGGAAUCCGAAAAGAUUUCAGCUGCUUGUUCGACACUUUCUGAUUGGCUCUAUGAAGAUGGAUAUGACGCAGAUGCUGACACUUAUGAGCAAAAAUUGGCAGAACUGAAAGGAUUGACAAAUGACUUGUAUGCCAGAGUUUUUGAACAUAAAGAAAGGCCAGAAGCCUUAAAGGGAAUGGUUUCCAUGAUUCAUGGCAGUACUACCUUCCUUGAAAAGGUGACAAACGUGACCUCCAGCAGUGAAAUAUUUACCGAAGUUGAGUUGGAAACUCUUCAAAAAACUAUUAAUGAAACGCAGGAAUGGCAUGACAAGAUUGUGAAAGAACUAGCGGAUAUACCUUUAUAUGAACCUGUGAAAUAUACAGUUCGAGAUAUUGCAAACAAAAUGGCAAUUUUAGACAGGGAAGUAAAGUAUUUGGUAAACAAAGCAAAAAUUUGGAGGCCCAAGCCGAAGGAAGAAGAACCAGCAAAGAAUAAAACAACUGAUAAAUCAGAUGAGCCCGCUGCAGAAGCACCAGAUGGUUCUGAAACAAUAGAGGUUCCUGUUACAGCAGACGAAGCACCUGUAAAGACAAAAGAAGAAGAAGACAAAGAUGAUGGAAUUGUAGAGGAGGAACAAAAUAGUAAUGUUGAAAGUAACGGUGAAACAGAUGAUGGCAACAUUGAAAUUGUUAGUGAAAAAGAUUCCCAGAAUGAAACUGGGGAGACUUUAGAGCUGCCGGAAUCUGAUCCAGUAAAGCCUAAGGAUCAAGCUAACCAAGAGGAGCCGCACCAAGAAUUAUAAGUAAAAAUGUAUUUAAAAAUGUAUGAAUUUUAAGUAAUGUUUGAAUGAUGUGUGUGUUAGCGAAUUAUUCAUUAUCUGCACAUUUCAACGAUCAAGUACAUUUGUUAAAAGUCCUGGAGACCCAUGCAGAAAAUUAUUUAAUUCUCUGAUGUUACUUGAAAUGCUGAAUUCUAUAUUGAAUUUUCUAUUUCACAUAGAAUAUAUUUAGGCAAG